UUCACGUACCAAUCCCGACCACCUGUUUCCCUCAUCUCUCUUCGACGUCACGCCGCCGCAGCUCACGUCUCGUGCUCGUCUUCCCCUUCCCGAGAAGGAUCCAUUGUUGUCGUAUCCCCCCAAGUUGCCAUCAUGCAGAACGAGGAGGGUAAGAUGGUGGACCUUUACGUCCCCAGGAAGUGCUCUGCCACGAACAGGAUCAUUACUGCGAAGGACCAUGCCUCAGUCCAGAUCAACAUUGGGCACUUGGAUGAGAAUGGGCUGUAUGACGGCCGCUUCACCACAUUUGCUCUCUCUGGAUUCGUCCGUGCUCAGGGUGAUGCUGACAGUUCUUUGGACAGGCUGUGGCAGAAGAAAAGGGCUGAGAUCAAACAGUAGAUGAAUUUACAUGGAAGGUUUCGGUAGACCUUGACGUAUUAUUAUUAGUAAACCUUGAAGAAUUUGUAACGGAUGUUUGUCCUAUAGCUAUGAAUGGUCAAUGGUGGGUAUUGUGAAAGUGCAGGCCUAUGUUGUAGUCCUGGAGAAUAACCUUGAACUCCGAACUACCUAUUUACUCCAGAGCCCAGAUGUGUUCUUUAA